GUUUUCUUUGGGGGGGGGGGGGUUUGACCCAAGGAAAAAACGAGCAUCUUGAAGAGUAGUGGUGAGGGAGACCCCCUUUUUUUAAAUAUAUUUGUCAAAAUAUAUAAACCUAAAGAUUCUUACCUUCUUUUAAUUUUUUAAAAAAAGGUUAGCUAACAGCCCCCUAGCCCCUUCCUUUUCUCUUCCUCCAAGUACAAAGUUAGUGUGUGUUUCCUUACUAGGUCAGUGUUGCUUUUCCUAAUUGGCGAGGAAGAAGUUUGUUUUAACUUUUUUUUUUGUUAAUUCUUUUUAAGUCAUAUUUUCUUCCCGAUCCUUUAGAUCGCCGCAAAAAGGUUCGUGUGUUUUCUUUUAAUUCGGAGGGGAAACAAUAUAAAUGGAGGCCUCAGUGUUUAUGAAGGGAACUUUUUUUUAAUAACCCAGAAGAAUUGGGUUUUAUUUGCUAAAUUUGAAGUGUUUUACAUCGUGACUUUGAAAUGCUAUCGUAUUUCGCCCUGCUUUGAUGGUUGGCUGUGAAUUUUAAGUAUAUAAUCAACACUGUUUUACAAGUAUUUUCAAAAAAACGGAAAUAUCAGGACAUCUAAAAUGAGUGAUGGCUGCCAUACGCAAAAAACUGGUUAUAGUUGGUGAUGGUGCCUGUGGGAAAACAUGUCUACUCAUCGUCUUCAGUAAAGAUCAGUUUCCUGAGGUGUAUGUUCCAACGGUUUUUGAAAAUUAUGUAGCAGAUAUUGAAGUAGAUGGAAAACAGGUCGAACUGGCACUUUGGGACACAGCAGGACAGGAAGAUUAUGAUCGACUUAGGCCUCUCUCCUAUCCAGAUACAGAUGUUAUUCUAAUGUGUUUUUCUAUUGAUAGCCCUGACAGUUUAGAAAAUAUCCCUGAGAAAUGGACCCCAGAAGUGAAACACUUUUGCCCUAGUGUGCCAAUUAUCCUUGUCGGGAACAAAAAAGAUCUGAGGAAUGAUGAGCACACACGGAGAGAAUUGGCAAAGAUGAAGCAGGAACCUGUAAAACCUGAAGAAGGAAAAGAGAUGGUCACCAAGAUUUGUGCAUAUGGGUAUAUGGAAUGCUCAGCAAAAACUAAAGAUGGAGUGAGAGAAGUUUUUGAAAUGGCUACACGGGCUGCCUUGCAAGCUAAGCGUCCAAGGCACAAGGCCUUUUGCAGUGUUCUAUAAAGCAAAAAUGCAAACUAAGUGCGUCCUACCACACAUAUUACAGUCACUUGAUUUCUAAAGAAAGUCUUGAAUUGAUGUUUGUUAAAUCUAGUAUGAUAGUGUCUUGAUUAUAUCGGCCUCUCAUUUAUCUGUAAUGCUGUUCCUGACUAUUCCGUUUGCUAUCGAUAUUUAAAAGCCAAUCAAGGUUUUAUUUCCUAGCUCAUUGGUGUGCUGAUGUAUAGCUAUGGUCAAUUUUACAAUAUGCAUGUAUGCACCUAAACUUUGGUUUGCCAUUAUUGUAAGUUUCUUUUUGUCCUAUCUACUUUACAUGAUCAACAGGUGCAGCCUUACUGGUAGGAAAUGGCACUCCGUCAGCCUGUAUUGCUUAACAUAGAACCAAACCAAGAAGUCAAUUUGGCGCCAUUGUUUAUAGAUGUAGUUUAAUUCAACUUUUGUAUAAUUGGAUUUCAUAACGCUAAUACUGUAGCCUCCACUGAAAUUUUUAAGUGUAUUGAAAAAAAAUAAAAGUUGAAUUCCUUUGUAUAAAAGCUUGGUAACUUUCUGAAAUGGAUAACUGAUCUAAACCAAAUCGGGCUCUAACAUACUUAUGUACAAUGUGGAGAUUUAUAUCAGGGAAGGGUUAAGAUUUGGGGAAAGGCGGGAGUUCUCUCUUUGAUCUUGGACACCUUGCUGAUUAAAUACGAAUUACUGUUCAGUUUGAGGAGUAAAGCUGGCCAGCAGCUCAGUAAACGGAUUGGCAUGGUCAACCACACCAUGCGUUCAAUGCCUUCUAUUUAUCAUAUUAGUAUAUGUACUGCCUGCCUUUAUGAUUUUGUUUUUAACAUUGGAGUUGUAUCUGAGGUUCUGAAUGUACCUCACUUGCAGUUUAAUAGGUGUGUUUUUUGUUGUUUUUUUUGGCUGUAUCAGUAAAUAGUUACCAGCAAUACUAAUAGCAAAAUAAAAGCCGGUUUUUUUUAAAAAAAAAAACCGAGUCUAUUCUUUACACUUUC